AUGGGUCAUCAUCUUCACCUCCACAACACCAGCGAUGGCGUCUCUCAGCGAGUCAACAGCCCGAGGUUUUCGGGUCCAAUGACUCGCCGAGCUCACUCGUUCAAGCGCAACCCCAACACCAGCGCCAACAAUGGCAGCUCUCAUAGCAAUAGUAACAGUAAUAACAGCAGCGGCAAUGUUGGGUUUGGUAGUGGAGAGUACGAAAUUGACCUCCUGCUGAACUCACCCAGAUCUGAAAUUGGUGGGAACUCGGUUCCGGGUGAUGGGUUUGACUCGGUUUUGGAAAGGAAGCAGACCCACCAUGUGAGCCAGAGAGUUGCUGUGAGGGGCUUUCUGAGGAAGCCUAUUGGAUCUGUGGUGGUGGACUUGGGCUUGAGGGAGAAGAAGCAGCUUGGCCAUUGGAUGUUCUUUGCCUUUUGUGGGGUGUGCUUGUUUCUUGGUAUUCUAAAGAUUUGUGCUACUGGGUGGUUUGGAUCUGCUAUUGAAAGUUCUAGGUCCAAUCAGGAUGGUUCUGACCCCAUCACUCUUAUGAAUCGGAUGGAUCAAAGCUCUCAUGAUUAUGGACAUAGGGAUGGAGGAAGUGAUCUUGAACGAACUCUAAUGAUGGCGUCUGGUGUGAACCGUGUGGUUGGUGAAGAGAACAGCGUUGAAUACACAGGUAUCUGGUCCCGACCCAACAGUGAGAAUUUCAGUCAGUGCAUUGAAUUGCCAAAAAUUCACAAAAAGCUAGAUGCAAAGACCAACGGUUACCUUCUUAUAAAUGCCAACGGCGGCUUGAAUCAGAUGAGAUUUGGGAUUUGUGAUAUGGUUGCUGUUGCUAAGAUUAUGAAGGCAACACUUGUCCUACCUUCACUCGAUCACACCUCCUACUGGGCUGAUGACAGUGGUUUUAAAGAUCUGUUUGAUUGGCAACACUUCAUUGAGACGCUGAAGGAUGAUAUCCACAUAGUUGAGACAUUACCCCCUGCCUAUGCUGGAAUCGAGCCUUUCAACAAAACACCAAUAUCUUGGUCUAAGGCUAGUUAUUAUAAGUCAGAGGUCCUCCCACUGUUGAAGCAGCACAAAGUUAUCUAUUUCACUCAUACUGAUUCUCGGAUUUCCAACAAUGGCAUCCCAAGUUCCAUUCAAAGGCUGAGGUGUCGCGUGAAUUACAGGGCAUUGAAAUAUUCAGCUCCAAUAGAAGAGCUUGGAAAAACCUUAGUUUCUAGAAUGCGGCAGAAUGGAGGCCCUUAUCUUGCUCUCCAUUUGAGGUAUGAGAAGGAUAUGCUUGCAUUUACGGGCUGCAGUCAUAGUUUGACAGCAGAAGAGGAUGAUGAACUACGGAGAAUGCGCUAUGAAGUCAGUCACUGGAAGGAGAAAGAGAUUAAUGGGACAGAGAGAAGGUUGCUUGGGGGAUGCCCAUUGACCCCUAGGGAGACUUCACUUCUGCUCAGGGGGCUGGGUUUCCCAUCCAACACCAGGAUUUACUUGGUAGCUGGUGAAGCUUAUGGGAAUGGAAGUAUGCAAUAUCUUGAGGAUGACUUCCCCCACAUCUUCUCCCAUUCCACUCUCGCGACAGAAGAAGAGCUGAGUCCAUACAAGAAUCAUCAGAACAUGUUGGCUGGCAUAGACUAUGUUGUUGCUUUACAGAGUGAUGUUUUUCUAUAUACAUAUGAUGGAAACAUGGCAAAAGCUGUGCAAGGUCAUAGGCGCUUUGAGAACUUUAAGAAGACCAUCAAUCCAGACAGGAUGAAUUUUGUAAAACUUGUUGAUGAGUUUGAUGAAGGAAAAAUCUCUUGGAAGAAAUUUAGUUCGAAAGUGAAAAAGCUUCACAUAGACAGAGUUGGAGCUCCAUAUUUGAGGGAGCCAGGAGAGUUUCCGAAGUUGGAGGAAAGCUUUUAUGCAAAUCCUUUUCCAGGCUGUAUUUGUGACUCAAGAUGGAAAAAGUAG